UCUAUAAAUCCCCCCUCACCCCUCCCCAUUUCCUUCACUCAACUGCCUCACAUUUUUUUUUCUCAGCAAUUAUAUUUGUAGACCUCUAAUCUUCGUGUAAUCUUCUUAGCCCUCUCACAUUUUGAGUUUUGUUUUGUACUUGGAGACUUCAACGAAGUGCUUAAAAGUUCACUUACUUGUGUGCAGGAAAAUGGCUUUUGCUGGAGUUUCCUUGUUGGGUUUUCUUGCAAUGGUCUCAGCUGUACAUGGAUAUGGUGGUGGUUGGAUUAAUGCACAUGCCACCUUCUAUGGUGGGAGUGAUGCAUCAGGAACAAUGGGUGGAGCUUGUGGUUAUGGAAACCUGUAUAGUCAGGGUUAUGGGACAAAUACUGCAGCUUUGAGCACAGCUCUGUUCAACAAUGGGCUCAGCUGUGGGUCUUGUUAUGAGAUCAAAUGUAUGAAUGAUGGCAAGUGGUGCCUGCCUGGCUCCAUCGUGGUCACAGCCACCAAUUUCUGCCCUCCAAAUAAUGCUCUCCCUAACAAUGCAGGAGGCUGGUGCAACCCUCCUCUGCAUCACUUUGACCUUUCUCAGCCUGUCUUCCAACACAUUGCUCAAUACAGAGCUGGAAUUGUGCCUGUUGCUUACAGAAGGGUACCAUGCGGGAGAAAGGGAGGUAUCAGGUUCACAAUUAAUGGCCACUCCUACUUCAACCUAGUCCUCAUCACCAACGUUGGCGGUGCUGGUGACGUACAUGCCGUGGCCAUCAAAGGCUCCAGGACUGGUUGGCAGCCGAUGUCUAGAAACUGGGGCCAGAACUGGCAAAGCAACAACUAUCUCAAUGGGCAAAGCCUCUCAUUUAAGGUCACAACAAGUGAUGGCCGUACUGUGGUCUCCUACAAUGUUGCUCCAGCUGGCUGGUCCUUUGGGCAGACCUUCACUGGCGGCCAGUUUCGCUAGAGGAACACUUUUUUUCCUCCGCCUCUUUAUUGUCUUAGUCUAUUUAUUUAAUAUACCCACCAUCCAAAAUAGUAUUAACUAGCUUGACCUUUUAGUAUACCCAGCUAGUAGAUUAUACUAUAUUUAUGUGGACCAAAUAUUGGGCCUCUUGGGUCAGAAAUGAUAAGGGCUUAUUUUAUAUAGCCCUUUUAUCAUUUUGGGUUUAGUUUAUUUUUGGGGUAGUAUGUCCCAUUUAAGGGAUCCCUAUUGUAAUAGUAAUUUUUCCUUCUGUUCUAGUGAAGCAGGAGACUGGCAGAGGUGGACUUUAACCACCCGCCACUAGUAAUAGGUCCUCUUUUUCCUCCUUUGAGAUGUUGAGAAGCAUCUGUUGUAAGGUCACCUUGAUCAGCUUUGGCUGAGUAUGUGUUAGGCUUUUGUUUGUGUGACAGUAGUUUGUAAAUUUGCAAUUUCUACUAGUAAUGGAAAGUAAACUCUUGAUUUGUUAUGAUUCCAGGUUUAUCAUUUCUAUCCUUAAUUGCUCAUGAUAAAAAUACCACAUGUUUGCACAAUCUGCUGUCAAAACGAUGAUGCCAAUCACUCCGAAAGCUAAAAGUACCGAUAAUCCAGCUCCUGGCGAGCAAGACUCAUUAUUUGGACCAAUUUUUGAGCACUAGUUGGGAGCUUCAUUACCUGGCACACAUCAACUGGCUCACCUAACUGUCCAAGUUCAGUUCAGGACAUUUAGCUUAUAGUCUUAACCAAAAUUCAGAAUUCUUGUAGUAGCAAUUUCUAGCCACAAGUCGACGCUGGCUGUUGCUCUGCAAAUUGCAAUCCAUUUGUGAAAAAGAAACCCAAAAUGCCAAUGCAUGCAAAAGUUUAGCAGUUUUUGGAGAACUCACAAAUCCAUAGAGUUCAAAUUCUUCAGACUGAUGAAAUUUGGGUGACAUGUCAAAAGGAGAAUCAGUUAAUUCCAAUGGCAAUGGUUUAAAAUUUGUCUCCUCUACUCUCUGGUGACUGGUUAAAUUCUUCUACACUAAAUAUUUUCUUGGCAUUUAUAGAGAAAGUGACAUGCA